AUGGCCGAGAAGCGGCAAAGAGAGGAAAGCUUAGAAACAAUGGAAGGAGAAAUUUCGAAGCGCUCCAAGCCGUUCGAUCACAUCCUCUCCAUUCUGGAAGAGGAAGAAGAAGAGGAGCCGAAAGGAGCCCUAGAAGUCGAAGCCGAGUUAGGCAUUUUCACUACUCUUCAACAGGAGAUCUCUUCUUCUUCGUCUUCGUCUUCGUCUUCUGAGUCCGAAUUUGGGCCGAUUAUCCGCGACCCGGCCCACGGAGUGAGUCCGGAUCCGAGCUCAACCGAAGAUGACGACAGAAUCGACGUCAUCAGGCACCUUCUGGAAGCGUCUGACGACGAGCUCGGCAUUCCGAAUCUACGGACGGACGGCGGAGAUAACGCCGAUGAGAAUGGGGCGGACGGCCAGGGUUUUCCGUUCUCUUUGUGCGAUGAUGGAUUGUGGGAGUUUGAAGAUCAAUCUGCUAACUACUAUUAUUUGCUGCAGGCUGAGCUUUUCAUGUAG